UUCGUUAACCGAGUGCGCCCGAAACUCGAAGAUAGAUGUUUGUUGAGCGAAGUUAGAAUAGAAAGGCCAGAUGUUUUGAUGUUUGUCAACUAGGUCGAAAGAACUACGAAAAUAUAUGAUAAAUAUUAUGAAAAACGUAAAAAAACGGACGAGUCGUUAGACGUCGCGUUUGUUUUCAGUUAAGUUUAUUGAAAAUGAGUUAGGACCAGAGGAUUAAACAAUGGAUUGGUUUAAAAGUGAACUAUUUCUUCUUUUAUUGUUUGUGUCUAGUGUUUAUAAUGAGGAUAUUCAAUCGUAUCUAAAUGGAGAUUCUCGACAUCCAGCUCUAGAUUUCCACGACCAUACGAUAGUAGAACCCAUAUUAUACCAUGGACGACAUAAAAGAAGAAUAGAAUCAACGAAAGAAUCGAAUGGCCUUCACGCGGAGCAUCUUCUGAUAAAGUUGAAAAUCUCCGAGGAAAUUUUCCUGCUCGAUCUCGUGCUCAACAAACAGCUGCUCUCCAGUGGGUUCUUCCAUAGGUACCAGAAAAACGGCACCGAUAAUGUCCAUCGACAUAACAGUGAGGACUUGGACCUUUGCGAGUACUAUGGAAAGGUGAGAGAUAGGCCCUCCUCCUGGGCUGCAAUUUCAACAUGCAACGGACUGGACGGAGUUAUAUAUGAUGGAAAGGAACUUCAUUACAUCUCAAGCCAUGUUGGCAACCUAGAUAGUAAACAUUUUUUGUACAGCCAUUCUAACUUAGCGGAAAACAAUAAAACUUGCGGGUACAAGGGUAAAAAUGAGGAAGAGGAACACCAUCACAAACCUAUACUCAGGUACAAAAGAGAUUUAGAUCAUAGUGAACUGAUUCGUGGACCUUACAAUGCGAAUAAGGAAUCAAAAUACGUAGAACUAGUUCUAGUCAUAGACAAUAGGGAGUAUAAGGAAUUAGGAGAGAGCAGACAGAGAGUUAUACAACACUGCAAGACUAUCGCCAACAUUAUAAAUGGACUGUAUUCUCCGCUCAAUAUUUUCGUAGCUCUAGUAGGUGUAGUGAUAUGGACAGAGAGGGACGAAAUAAGUUUUUCUAAGAAUGGGGACGAAACCCUCACAAAUUUUUUACAUUAUAGAAGGGAAAAACUUAUCAAAGAGCAUCCAAACGAUAACGCACAAUUAUUAAGUAAGUUCAGUUUUGAUAACGGAGUAGUCGGCAAAGCACUUAAAGGUCCGAUUUGUACAUACGAAUACUCGGGGGGUGUGAACACAGAUCAUUCUCCAGUUAUCGGACUGGUAGCGACAACUAUAGCCCACGAAAUGGGACACAAUUUCGGUAUGGAACACGAUACAAACGACUGUCAAUGUCCAGAUUCGCGUUGCAUCAUGGCCCCAAGCAGCUCAGCGGAGGCCCCAACGCAUUGGUCCUCUUGCAGUCUGAAUUAUCUUCUUCUCGCGUUCACCCACGGCAUGGAUUAUUGCUUGAAGAACAAGCCUAAAGCGCUGUUCGACAGUCCUGUCUGCGGCAACGGUUUCGUCGAACCUGGCGAACAGUGCGACUGUGGUUUACCCGAGCACUGUGAAAACACCUGUUGCAAUGCCACAACCUGCAUGCUGUAUGCCAACGCUAGCUGUGCCACUGGGGAAUGUUGCGAUCUGACUACUUGCAUGCCCAAAAAUGCCGGAGUUCUCUGUCGAUCAGCGGACUACGAAUGCGAUUUACCCGAAUACUGCACUGGACAAUCCGAGUUCUGUCCUCCCGAUGUCUAUAAGAUGGAUACCGAAGUUUGCGACAACGGAAAAGCUUAUUGUUAUCAUGGAUUCUGCAGGACAAGAACGGACCAAUGUAGGUUGCUCUGGGGAGAAACUGGGAAGUCCAGCGAUGAACAGUGCUACAAAAUGAACACCAAGGGGACCAGACACGGAAAUUGCGGUUAUAACAAGUUCAACAAAUCCUUCACGAAGUGCCAAAAUGAGAGCGUAUUAUGCGGCAUGUUGCACUGUAGACAUUUGAACGAACGUCUAGAAUUCGGCAUGGAGACUGUCGCCAUUUUAUCCCAGAGUUUCAUCAAUUCCAAGGGCACAAUUAUACCUUGUCGAAACGCCAUCGUGGACUUGGGGAUAAAUCAGAUAGAUCCAGGAUUGGCACCCGAUGGGGCCUCCUGCGGUGACGGCAAAAUGUGCGUGAAUCAGAAGUGCAUGAGUGUGGAAAACCUGAGGAGGGAAUGGGUAACUUGCCCCAACGAUUGCAAUAACAACGGAUGGUGUAACAACUUGGGACAUUGUCACUGCAAGGAGGGCUUCGCACCUCCAGAUUGUGAAUAUCCUGGAGCCGGAGGUUCUGAAGAUAGCGGGCCAGCCAGUGAUCCGAACAGAAAUCAAGUCUACGUCCAACUAAUGUUUAUCGUCUUUCUGGGCAUAAUACCAGCUAUAGCUCUUUGCGCGUUCAUCUACUAUUAUCUAAAGAGAAAUAGCGUCUAUGGAAGCCAUAUGAAGAGCCUCCCCUCAAUAUCCACGUCCCGUCAGUUGAAAUCGAUAGAGGAUGGUAAUGGAGGUAAGGGCUUCCUGGAUCAAGCCAAGAGAACCGAAGAUAAUCAUUCCCUCCUACAUGGCGACUCCUCCAGCCCUGUCGGCUUCCAGAUAGGUUUCUUCGGACAUUUCAAAAUUUCGCUAACGCCCGCCAAAUUAGACGCAGACAAGCGUAAAGUGCUCAGGCCGCCGCCUCCUAUACCUUCGGCACCGGCACUCAGUGAAAUCAAUGCGAACGCCGUUAACGACCCUAUAAGACCCGCCCCUGUGCCACCACCCUCUGGUCUCGUUCAGAAAGAAAUCGAACCGGUGAGAAUAGCGCCGCCUCCACCGGUGGUAUCUACGUCGCAGUUGCAGAGAGCUGCCGCCCCACCAAACACGUCAGUACCGCAGGAAAGCAGUUCUGCGCAUGCCACUCAGGGUACUACCGCUGGUUCGAUCAGUACCUUGAGAUCGAAUUUCUUCAACAAACCCCUACGAGCUCCAUCUUUUAAGAAGAAUUUGAUAGGUAGUGCUUUCGCUCAACAGUCCCAAACUUCCUCGGCGCCAACCCUACCUCCCCCAAAUCCAAAUCAUUCAGCGAGGCCGAUAAUAUCAUCGCCAGUUCUUGAAAGUUCAACCUCCACAGCCAAGGAGUUGAUGUCACCACCCAGAAAAACCCCAGUUAUACCCGUCAAACCACAAAUAAUAAACACUGAAACCAGUGUGAAAAGUAGAGACGUCGAUACAGUUUCGCCAACCUCAAUCAACAAUACAGUAACUUCUACCAACACAAACACUCUGAAGAAACCUCCAAAAGAUAACGCUAUAUCGUUGAAUAGAAUCACCUCGUUCUUGAAACCCAACGAGAAAAAACCGACUUUACAACAUAAACCGUCGCAAAUAAAAGCGAACAAGAUUGGAAGAGAACAACUCCGCGCUAUGGAAAUAUCCAAUCCUAUACCGCAAUCUCAGAUUGCCGGACCUUCGGUUCCGGCCAAUUCCCAAGCAGCUCAGGCUGUGGUGAUGCGUUCCAAGAGCAUGAGAAGCGGAGAUGUGAGCAAGAGACCUCCGAUUCAAACCUUCGGUUCGAUGAGGAAUCCGAACGGUUUGAAAAGGCCUGUAAGCAUACCGUGUGGAGCUAGGCCCAAAAUUCCACCACCCCCAAGGCCUCCACCUUUCAAUCAGCCUCAAAACGAAUACGCCGAUUGUUUGAACCAACAAGACAAUUUGGAUAGUCCAUUGAGUACCGAUAACAUUUACGCGGUUAUAGAAGAAUCCCCAAUUAAGAUCCCGGAACCGACAAAUGGUAACGAUUCAUUAGGUCUUCUUGGAGAGAUUGUGUCCGAAAUCAAAAAUAGAAAUUUCGAUUCCAUCUAUUCAACCUCUACCUUAGCCAGGAAGAAGAAAGAGGAAGAAAUGAAACAAAAAGAAGGUGACAGGGAUAGUUUCUCCAUCGACAUGGAGAAUGCUUACAGCAAUAUGGGCAAUAUGAAAUCCAGUGCCAGCUCCACGUCUAGUGGUUAUAUCCAGCCUAACACUCAAAUUUCAAGUGGUUACGUCCAACCCUCAACCCUGCAUAAACCAGUGGAAGUGGCCAAUGUGAAUGAGGAAGUCAAAGAGGCAAAACCAGAAUCAACAGAGAAGAAGGGAAUUAAAAAAAUGAAUUCCAAAGACAAACUCCCGGUUGAAACGAAUAAUAAACCUAAGCAAAAAGAGUCUACUACAGCAAAUAAACAGACAACUCCAGUCAAUUUGAGGAGUAGAAGACCAUCCCCCAGUGGUGCCACAAAUAGAAACAGACUGACUAAUAAUAGUCCCGAUUUGGUUACUAGCUGUAACUCAAAGUCAAAUAAACCACCUGAUGUGUUAAACCGGGCAAACACAGCUCAAAAAAAACCUACAGUGAGCGUUAAACCUAAUGUAAAUAAUACUGCCAAGACUGCCUCGAAAGUUGGUACCAAACCAGUCACUGGUAGGAUUUUGCCAACUAAGAAAUCAAGCGAUGAUCUUAAAGCUGACAGUAAAAAAGUUGAUACAACUUCAGGAAAAGAUUCCAAACCGGUAGUUAAAAAUUUGCCAAAUCGUAGUAAUUCUAGAGUUGCUGCUCUACAGCAGAAAUUUCAACAAUAAUAAACAAUUUUGACAGGGUGAUACAGCUCCAAAUUCUAUUCGAAUUGUAAAUUUGACAACCAAUAAAGUUGUUUUCAGAGCUAUUUUAUUAUACUUCGAAAUACUGAACUUAAUGUCGAUAAACGAAUUAUUACAAUCUUUUGAUCGACGAUAUUAUACCAAUUUGAAGAGAUGAAUUUCGGAAGUUUAAAUAUGACGUUCAUAUUUGAAUCGACUGCUAUAAUAUCGAAAGAAACUGCUUUUUAUCACUUUUGGGAAUGAAUUUGAACAGUGAUAUGAGAUACGUCCAUGAAUUUAUUUCUUCACUCGUAACAUCACAUUUUUACGGAUUAUUUACUCUUAUGUACUCUUACCUACAAAAUAUCAUUCUUGAAUUCAAAGAUUUUGAGAAAAUGUCAGUAAUAUUCAUGAUCAUUUUGCAUUAAGUAAGGGUGAGGGCUGGCCUUGGGAAAAUAUAAUCCAUUAUUUUCAAAGAAUCGCUCGAAUUUAGGAAGAACAUACAUAAUUUUGACCAAGCCUUUCAAAAACUGUGAUAACUUUUUGUUUUAAAUUUCGAAUAAAAUUGUUUGAGAAUCGUGCGGCAUUGAAUCAAAAUCUUGGAUCGAGUUUUGAAGUAAGUACUGAUGAACAGAGCAUUGUUUAAAAUGCUUGAAUCUCAAAAAAAUUCCAUUUUUCUUAAUGCUUCAUUUAAUAUUUGGAAAAAAUGUAUGCGAAUUCUAUAUUUCUCUACAUAAUUCUUUAAUUACUAUAAAUAAUGGUAGCUGUGAUUCAAGAGAUUCGUUUGGAAAUGAAUCAAUUUAGUUUUAUGGCUUUUAUUGAAAUUAUGGUAACUAGUAUAUAUUCUGGUAUUCUAUCUUAUAUACCUUGUAUAAGACUUCAAUGGUUUGAUGGAAAUUGAUAACAUUCAUCUUUCAAAAUUUACUCAUACUCAUGGCAACUUUUAGUGAAUUUACGGAUAUGUGAAGAUGUUUUUCUUUUAUAUUCCUUUUCAUUUAGGUAACAUUUCUUUGUUUAUUUAAAAGACAAUCAAGAUGGUCGGAUUAUUCUUAAGAAUGUACAUUCAUGUUAUACAUAUAGGAUUAACUGUUUGAAACUUUUUUGUAUAUAAAAACCAAAGAAUUAGUUUCUGAUGUGAAUAGGUACGUUAUUUCAUUAUAAACGUUUGUAAAACAUAAUUUGAACGAAUAUAUAUUUAUUGCAAA